AGUUCCCAGGUUCGAAUCUCCGGGCAUGAAACAUCAAAUAAUAGACAAAGUCUUUUCUAAUAGCGGUCGCGCUAUGUCAGUCAGCCGUUCGGAGUCAGCUUAAAACUCUGAAUUUAAUUACUGUCCAUUUAUUAAUGGCAAUUCCUUUACAUUUAUUUUCCCUAAAAAUAGGUUAUUUUAUUACAUACACGCAUCCAAUUACAAUCCGAGAGGAUAGGGUCUCUGUCUUGUUAGUUUAGCACGAAGAAGCACGAAAGGUAAAAGAGUCUUGGAUUUUCUAACGUUUAUGUGAGGAAUGUAAUUUGGUGCCGGCGGCCGGACCGCCGAACGGACUUGUGCGUAACUACUAUUGGUCUUUGGCAAACUUCCGAGUAUAUUCCUGCCUGUACGCCUCUUCAUUUGGGGAACAACAGAAAAAACUCACAACACAAAUCAGAGAAGGAGCUCGGCUAAACACCAAAAAAAUGUGCGCGCCAAUUAAAGCUUUAUUGCAUCCACCUAUUGCAUCAAGCUCUGUUCAAAGUGGGGUUCGCAUUUGCUCACUGUUUUGUGUCAUUAAGACCACGCAACGUGUUACAAGUCAAUCAAAACAAUGGAAAAACUACAUGAAUUGAUCUUCCCACAUCCACCGUAUCCGCCAGAUUUGGCCAGCGACCACUGGCUGUUCGCAGAACUAAAAAAAAAUCUCGCCGCAUAAAACGAUUUCCAUUUUGGAUAAUUGCCAUCAGUAGGGAGUGUGCCAUGGAUUUUAGUGAACUAUUUUGGUAUUUAAUAGCAAUUUUGAUACCAGCGGCGUUUACAAAAACUUAUGGCUUAUAUUUGGACUACUCAGACAAUACUGAGUUCAUACAGCAAGAGGCUGGAUAUAAUAUUUUACUACAAUGUGAUAUCAAAGGCUUGGUAAACGAGAAAAUUGAGGCUGACACAAAAAUCUAUUGGUUUUUUAAGCAAUGUCGAGAAAAAACAGUAGGCGGUGGCAGAUGUCACGAUUGGAUGCAGCUACCUUGUGAAGAGAACUUUUGCAAGUCUGACUUGUUACUCCUCAAUGUCACCGAAGAGUAUUCUGGCUUAUAUAAAUGCAGUAUGGUGCCAUUAGAGUACAGAUCUGGUCAAGCAAUUGAUAUUCAUCUAGUUAGAAUUUAUCAUUUAAAUGUGAAAAAUAAAAUUUUGGCUAUACCAAAAUUAAUUGAUGCUUAUCCUUUGAAUAAAACCGCAAUUGUUGGUGCCCAAGCAGUGUUCCAGUGCCGUGUGCAAAGCGAGGAACACCCGACCAUAAAGUGGUUUCGUCGCAAAUCCACGUCAAAUCCCACUGGUUUGGAAUCUGCUGCCGGCAUUGGUUUAGGUGUAUUCAACGAUAACUUCAAUGCUCACAUUGUCAACUACAACGGACAUACCUACGAAUUAAUACACACGGCGCAAGAGAAACAUGUUGGGGACGAGGUAUAUCUCAGUAAAUUGAUCCUGAACGGCGUGCGUCUGCAAGAUGAGGGCUAUUAUGCUUGUGUAGCUUUUAGUUAUUAUGGCUAUAAGAUACGCGAGGCGUACUUGCAAGUUGAUAACCAGGCGAAUAUUGAAUAUUGGUCGGACUAUGACGCCAACGAGGAAGCUUAUACGGAUCCACGCGAGUUUUGGAUGCUAUUUUUGAUGCCAUUAGGGUUGGCGAUGUUUCCGCUUAUGGUCUGGCUAAGCUAUUUGGCUUACAAGCGACGUCUGGCAGGUGCGGGAUCCAAAAGGGAAUUACGCGGCUGUGCUGAUGAAUUCACGGAGCGUGACAAUUGUAUUUUGAGAGUAUAAUAAUAUGUGAAAAGUGUGAAGCCGCGUAUAGGUUUGAACUACAUAAGGAUAUAAUAUUUAAUGUAAUUCUACUUAAUUCUAGUUAAGUUACUAGUUUUUAUUAGCUGAAAUAGCAUUGCCUAUGAAUUUAUCCCAGAUUCAGAUUUCCCUUGGUGGAAGUAAAAAUUUUUGUUUCUGCUAUUCAUCACUUGUAAAAACUGUGUUUCUGAUUAUUUUUAGCUUUUAGCCUUUCCACUUUCAGUUCUACAUACAUAAAUAUGUAAAUACAAUCCAUAUGUAUGGCCAUUCGUUCCGGUAUAUUAAAAUACCGGCCAAGACACAUUUUUAAAACUUAGAUUAAUUUUGGUUAUUGACUAUUGGCUAAUUGUUGGAAAACUAAGGCAGAUACGCUUAUAAAAAUAGUUUGAUUUAAGUUUAGAAUAAUUGUGUAUGUACUUAAGUAUAUUUGAACCAAACUGUUAACUGUCAUUGUAAGCAAAUGAAUGUAUGUAUACAGAUAUACAAGUAAAAACCCUCUUCCUAUGUUUUUAACAGCCACAGGUGUGAAUUUGGCAGGCGCCUAGGUGUGUAAUAGUGUGAGUGCUUGGUAUUUUUGCUUGAGCGUAUUGGCGGGGUUGCUAUGCCAAAUUAGAAUUUUUAUGGUAGCAUUAAGGGGGCCUCUUAUCAGUGGCUUCGAAAAAAGAUUUUUUUCUCAAUUUUUUUUUCGAGGCGAAAAAAGCGACACACAGGAAUAAUCUUUUGCAUUUAUUUGAAGACAUGAUUGAAGAGUAAUAAACAAUUUGUUAACAUAAAUAAAAAAACAAAAUGGCGGACAUAUGAGGGACCUCGCACAGCUUCUCGUUGCGCGAUAGUAAAACGGUGUGUAAGAUUGCGGUCGUAGUUUUCACCUGAAACAUAAAAGAAAAAUAUUGUCUUAUUCAGAAGGCUUUCCCUCAUAUAAAAGACUACUCUUGUAUCAAAAUAUGAAAAAAUGAACACACAAUUAUUUAUUGAAAAAAGUGUUUUUUUCAAAAAGGUGUUAAAUAACAUUAAAAAAUGAUUUUUUUUUUUUGUAUUUUGUUAGUUAAUUAGUUGGGCAUUUUAAUUAUCUUUAUAUAGAUUAUCGGUUUGAAAUGAUAACUUUCGUCGCUUUUUUUAAUCUUACACGCCAUUUUCAAAAACAUGGUUUUGAGAAAACGUGUUUCAAAGUUUUCAGAAGGUAGACAGUAUACUCACACGAGGGACGGUUAACAGGCCUGUAACUCCGAAAUCACUUUGAGUUCCGCUAUGAAAUUUUGAGGGCAUAUUCUCCUAUAAUAUAUCUAUUGAUUGCAGUAAAAAAAUCGAUUUUUUGAAGCCGACUGAUAAGAGGCCCCCUUAAAAACCAUAGAAUAUCGACAAAAAAAAUACAAAAUAAUAUCUUGGACUUGAAAAAUUUACAAUAACAAAUAUCUUUAAUAUAUUUAUUAGCUAUAAUAAUGCUUUCUUAUUCAGAAAUAUCUGAAUUUGUACGAAAUUUUUUGGUACGAUUUUUUAGGAAAUUUAGCCAGUUACAUAAAAGAGCGUACUGGAAUCAGGUGAUAUCAGCUGUGGGGAUUUUUCGAUGACCAGUGCGUGUAGUGUUCUAGUGAGUAUAGUGAAAAAAUCGUAGUAGCAUUUAAUAAACCAAACCUGGCUUGUCUACGCACACAAGAGAGCAAGACAGAUGCCAAAUAAAAGCAAAAUAAUAAA